AUGGCUCAACGAAGACAUGAUGCUGGACCUUCUUCCAGGUAUUCAGACUAUCACAGACGCGAAGGUCGAUCAUCGAAUCUUCCGCCAGGCUGGUCGGACGGCUCCGAGAGGCACUCUUACGAGUACGUGGACGAUCGAGAUCGACAUCCCGAUCCCCACGUCCCCAGCUACUCUAGGCAGUACGUAGGUGCUAGGCAGGACUAUCCGGCAUCUGCCGCAUCUCGGCCGCGUCCCACGUCCAGAGAGGUCGAGUGGGAAGAACAUCGGCGGUGGGAAGAAGAUCAGAUGCGCAGAAGAUCGCAUGAACAGUCCGAGCGAGUCUCUGCUAGGCGUGGAUGGAGUCGUGAGGCUUCGAGAGGCUCGCAUCGCUCAGAAUACCCGGACGAAAGCUCUCGAGGAUGGAGUAGACCUUCAAUGGUGAGUAGGGUGGAGCAUCGCUGCGAUCUGUGCUGUCGUCGCAGCUAGGCUGACCGCGGGUGCCUUCGCUUGUGACGCACACACGGCUCUUUAGGACGUUGGGUCGUUGAGCAGUUCUGUGCAUCCUUCAUAUGACAGAGGCUCGCGCGACAGACGCCCUUUUGAAGAGUCUCGAUUUCCAUCCUACCUCCGCCAAUCGUCGCCGCCUCCCCAGGCCAGACGUGAUCCUUCGCCAGAAGCGUCGCCUUCCAAACCUGGCAUGAGCAUCAUGUCGCUGCUAGGCGACAAUCGUAGUGGGACAGACUCCAACACGGGGCCUAGCCCUUCGCCACCCCGGAGUGAGCCCGUACGUGACGUGUCACCGCCUAGACACUCAGCUGCAGACCUGCCAUUUGACCCAAUCAGGGGCGAGCGGUAUGAGGGAAGACCCUCUGCAUACGCAUCGCCUCCGCGGUCUCGACACCGAAACGGGGAUCUAGAAGGAGAUUUGGAGAAAGAUAAUAGCGAAUUGUCGCCAGAACCCCUUGCGAAAGCUCCCGCUGGGCUCGCUGGCUUGCUGAGUCAAACACGUCCCGAUCGAAAUCGAACUUCAGCUAUGCCUGCUUCCAUGUCGCAUCUCCUCGAUGGAGGCGGUCCACGUCCAUCUCGACCAAUUCCUCAAAGCCCCUCACCGAGCGACCACGUCGACAAUGAGGAAUCGCACGCUCUGACGCGUCUUACAUCAUCAUCUCUGUCACCGCCCAGCCAGCAAGCACCCAAAGCCCGCAUCAACGGCACUUCGAAAGCGAUUCCCUGGGCAGAUAGCAGCGCAAUGGAGGAUGAUCCUGUCGCGCGAUCGCCUUCUGACGAGAUGGAAGGAUCGUCGCCUCUCUCAGAGGCACCAGCGCCACCGCCGCCGCAAGAGGCUGCGCCACCACGUAAAAAGCUCAAGCUGCGCGCUAAGCCCUUGCAACCAAAGAAGAGCCAGCUACGCGCAGCUGCGAAGAUUUGGGACAGCGAUCUUUCCGCUGAGGAGAAUAGACCUCAGUGGGAAGAGGAGGCGCAGGAUUACGAGUCGCAGUUGGCAGAGCGAUUCGCUUGCAUUGAGCAAGUUUACGAGAACUCGCUGACUCAGAAAGAGGAGGAGCUUGGUCUGCACCUGAGCGCCAUGUAUGCCAAGCGACACGCUGCUAUCAUGCGCAAAGUGGACCAUCGCGAAAAGGUCGAAGCCAAGCAGCGGAUUGCGCGUCAAAAGAGUCGCAAGGAAGCUCAACGCAAGCAGCGCCGCGAACGCGAGAUCGAGGCAGAGUUGUUGGGCACGCUUGGCGAAGAGCCGAGUGGUCCUUCCAAGGCAAAGACACCGAGCAACGGCCCUGCUGUUGUCAGCAAGAGCGCCAAAGCUGCAGUGCCGACUGAAGGUGAAACAGGGUCAGGCAAAGGCCGCAAGCGCAAAAUCGACGCCCUGGCGGAACAAGCAGCCACUCCGCUUGCAUCGCCUAGUCUGGGCGUGCUGCCACUGGAAGGCGACGACGGCCAUGACGAUGAGUCAGAAGCGGUGAGUAGGACCUUCGAUGUGGCCCGGCUAUGAUGCAUGCUGAACUGUGAUCGCGCAUUUCAACUCAGAUCUUUUCGAGGGCGAGUACACCCGAUGCGGAUGAAGAGUUGGCCACGGGUAUCAUUCCGAUCGACGAGCGUCGUGAACACGUCCUCGCUGAAGCGCAUCGCAAAAUCUGGACGCAAAUUGCAAAGCGCGAGAUUCCGAAAGUGAGUCUUCGCCUUCUUCAAAGAAUCUUUCUUCCCUCUGCUCAUGCUGGGCUUCGCUUCCGCAGGUCUACAAAUCGGUCCAAGCAAGCUCCACCAACAAGUCCACCUACUGGCGUCGCAUUUCUGCUGUUGUGCAACGUGAAGCCAAACGCGGCUCUACGCGCAACACACGCACAACCAAGGAUCUCCAACUCCGUGCGCGAAAGGUGAUGCGUGAAAUGCUGGUCUUUUGGAAGCGCAACGAGAAGGAAGAAAAGGAGCUGCGGCGGAAAGCAGAUAAAGAGGCCAUGGAAAAGGCGAAGAAGGAGGAAGAGCUUCGCGAAGCCAAGCGACAGGCUCGCAAACUCAACUUCUUGAUCACACAGACCGAGCUGUACUCUCACUUCGUCGGGAACAAGCUCAAAACUAAUGAAGCAGAGGAAUCUGAGGAGACCUCCGGAAGUGGAGGGAACAAGGUUAUUGAUCCCACGCCCGCGGACGGCCAGGCUGCUGGUGCGUCUUCGGCUCCUCCCUUGGACUCGCAGCCCGCGGGACCAGCCGCGGGCGCUUCUGCUGCUGAUCUCAAGGACAUCGACUUCGACGAUGAGGAUGAGACCAAUCUCCGAGCUCAUGCGCGGCGCAACGCCGAAGAAGCGGUGCUUGCCGCGAAGCAGAAGGCCGAGGCUUUCGACGCGCGCAAGCAAGCGGAGCAGGCUGCCGCAAACGCGAACGCGAACGGGGAAGAUGGCGAAGGACGCACCAUCGAUCAACGAGAUCUGGGCAAAGCGUUCGACUCGGAUGAUAUGAACUUCCUCAAUCCUUCGUCGAUGGGCGCAAUGGAUCUCAAGCAGCCAAAGAUGCUGACCUGUGCUUUGAAAGACUAUCAGCUAAAAGGUCUCAACUGGCUCGCCAACUUGUACGAGCAGGGCAUCAAUGGCAUUCUGGCCGACGAGAUGGGCCUGGGCAAGACGGUCCAAAGCAUAUCUUUGAUGGCCUACCUUGCAGAAGUGCACAACAUUUGGGGACCCUUCCUAGUCAUUGCGCCUGCCUCCACCUUGCACAAUUGGCAGCAGGAAAUCGAAAAGUUCGUGCCCAACCUCAAAGCACUUCCGUACUGGGGCAACGUAAAAGAACGCGCCUUGCUCAGGAAAUUUUGGAACCGCAAGCAGAUCAGCUACCACCGCGAUGCACCCUUCCACGUUCUAGUCACCUCUUAUCAACUCGUCGUCAGUGAUGAGAAGUACUUUAAAAGGGUACGCUGGCAGUACAUGGUUCUAGACGAAGCACAGGCCAUCAAGUCGUCUAGCAGCAACCGAUGGAAGUCUUUGCUCAGCUUUGACUGCCGUAACCGGCUUCUCUUGACCGGAACGCCCGUGCAAAACUCGAUGCAAGAGCUCUGGGCUUUGCUGCAUUUCAUCAUGCCAAGUCUCUUUGAUUCGCACGACGAGUUUAGCGAAUGGUUCAGCAAAGACAUCGAGACCCAUGCAGGAGGCGAGAGCAAGGGCAGUACCCUCAACGAGCACCAACUGCGACGUCUACACAUGAUCCUCAAACCUUUCAUGCUGCGCCGUAUCAAGAAGAACGUUCAAAACGAGCUUGGAGACAAGGUGAGAUUUCGGGCGUCAUCCAGUUCUCGUAAAACUCAGCUGACUUCUUGUGCACCAUUGACAGAUUGAAAUCGAUGUCUUUUGCGACAUGAGCGCUCGACAGAGGAUGCUCUACCGAGGUCUGCGAGAGCGCGUCUCCAUCGCAGAGCUCAUGGACAAGGCAUCUUCUCAAGACGAAGCAGGCAUGAAGAGCUUGAUGAAUCUGGUCAUGCAGUUCCGAAAAGUGUGCAACCAUCCGGAACUGUUCGAGAGGGCAGACGUGCUCUCGCCAUUCGCUUUCGCUCGGUUCGCUCAAUCAGGAGCGCUUUCAAGGGAAGGAGAUGUGCUCGACUGUCCUGAUUCGACGCAGAGUCUCAUCACGUACGAGCUGCCCAAGCUGAUUUGCAGUGGCGGGGGCCUGCUCUCGACACCUGCAGAAGAGAGUCGCGCCGGCUUCGACACUCACUACCUGGGCAACUUGUUAAACAUCUGGCGAACCGAGUAUAUUCAUCGCUCGCUAGACACCUCUUCGUCGGCUUUUGCUCCUUUGCGACUGCUCGGUCAGACCGCGAGCGAUGGCGAGCGUGCUUUCCAUGGCGCCGCAGUGACGAACGCGAUGCUUAGCUCGGGCCAAGAAAGUGACCUCAGAGAUGGUACCGCCUUCUUGCAAGACGAUGACUUUGCCCUUUCUGCCAGACGACCCUUUGGCCUUGCGUUCAAAGCCCUCCCGGCCAGCUCCGCUUUCGCGCCGUCACAGGUAGUGCCGCUUCAUUCUGUUGCCUCGAAUUACGGCGCCAAGUCGAUUCUCGCCGGUCCAGACGCUCGUUUCGUGCCUGCAUCAGCAGUCGCGCCGCCCGUACAAGCCUUCGGCUCCGAUCGGCGCUUCGUAGAGACCCAAGAAAGGCGCAAGCGAGACACUCUGGUGCAACAGAUGCUGUUCGGCUUGCCAACGCCCGCACUCCGCGAGUCUGAGGAUGCUGUUGCUCUGGCGCGGUCUGCGCUUCCUGGUCUGCCUCCCAAAGGCCUGCUAGAUGCGUCUCCUGCCCACCAAUUGCCUGGUGCAGGCAUGCAGGUGCCGCAAAUGAACAAGCUUAUCAUCGACUCAAGCAAGCUUGCUCAUCUCGACGGUCUCCUCCGCGAGCUGAAGGCAAACGGACACCGUUGCCUCAUCUACUUCCAGAUGACUCGCAUGAUUGACCUCAUGGAAGAGUACCUCAUCUUCAGGAACUACAAGUACUUGCGUCUGGAUGGCUCGUCAAAGAUCUCCGACAGGCGAGAUAUGGUGACAGACUGGCAAACCAAGCCAGAAAUCUUCAUCUUCUUGCUGUCGACUCGGGCAGGUGGAUUAGGCAUCAAUCUUACAGCAGCAGACAGUGAGUUGAGAUGCCUUCGUCCGCCCCAGAGCGCUCGCUGAUACACACUGGCCUUUUCAGCUGUCAUCUUCUACGACCAUGACUGGAACCCAUCGAACGAUUCGCAGGCGAUGGACCGUGCCCACCGUCUUGGCCAGACGAAGCAGGUGACCGUGUACAGACUCAUAACCAAAGGUACCAUCGAUGAGCGUAUUGUCAAGCUUGCGCGCAACAAAAAGGAGGUGCAAGAUAUUGUCGUCGGCAACAAGGCAUACUCUGAGACUGGCAUGGCCAAACCGCAAGAGAUCGUCUCUUUGCUCCUUGAUGACGAGGAGCUAGCCGAUCAGAUGCUGCGGCGGAAGCAACAAGAAGAAGCGCAAUCGGCGCAGGACAAAGCAAAUCAGAUGCGCAACUUGCAUGCCAAACGAAAGCUGAAGACAGCUCAAGCCAAUGCUGCUGCUAUAGCUUCCCCAGCACCGGCCGGUCCUUCCUGGGCUGUGUGGGACGAGGACGAGGAUGACUUUUUCGGAGCCAAGCCACCUACAAGACCGUCAAUUGUCGAAGUGCCUGCAUCUGCGCCUAAGAAGGGCAGACCUUCAAAGAACGCCGAUGCAACUGCUAGCCCUGGUCCCAACGGAGCUGCAAAGAAGUCACGAAAGUCUAAGACCACAGACGAAGGCGCUGGAGCAGAGGACAGUGCCACUGCGCCUUCAGCUAGGCCCGCAAAGAAGUGUGAGUGACAUGCGCCUUUGCCGGCCGCAGCAUGAAAGCAAUAGCUGACUGUAAACUCCGUUCGCGUCACUCUAGCUCGUAAGAAAGCUGGGGCAGAUGCCUCGGGCGAGGUGGCUCCUCAGAAGAUGAACGGGGAAGCCGAUUCCGAUGUAGACGUCGAACAUCCCUCAGAGCAAGCCUCUACGAUGAUGUCCAUAGACGAUCCUGACGCUUACUGA